GGACCUCUGAGUUAGGAUCUUGUGUAACCGAAACUAGUAUCGUGCUACAACAAUCAUCACUCUGUUUACUCCUUCAAGAUCCAAAAAUGAAUYGCAAUGGGAAAGAUGAGUUCGUUCCUCACAGYAUGCACAUCCCAUAUGCAGAAGAUGGAUCAGGAGCAUAUUCAUCUGGAGCUCUUGGAUAUUACRAAGUAAUCGCUAGGGCAGUUCCUUUGGUAUUAGAAGCGAUCAAAUCCAGUCUUGUUAAACCUGGCUCUGUAUUCACCAUAGUGGAUUAUGGUGCAGCUGACGGAGGRACAUCAAUGCCGUUGAUGUAUGAAUCAGURAAGGCAAUACGAGAAAAGUAUGGAGAAGAAAUGCCAAUCAAUAUUAUCUAUGAAGACCAGCCUGUCAAUGAUUUUAAAUCRCUGUUUAUGCGAUUGCAAGGUUUUCUCCCAUCAGGCCCACGUUCUUAUUUGAUGGAUUUUCAAAAUGUCUUUGUAAUGGUUUGUGGUACCAACUUCUACAGUCARUGUGUUCCAAGCAACACAGUUCAUCUGGGUUUUUCAGCCUGUAGUGCUCAUUGGCUGAGGGAGAAACCAUGUGACAUUGCUGAUGCAUUGUUUCAUGUGAUGGCUGACAAAGAGGAAAAUGAAAAGUUUAGGAAACAAGCCGAGAAAGACUGGGAGAUUUUCUUGGUAAAGAGAGCCGAAGAGUUGAUACCAGGGGGUGUUUUGACACUAGCGCAACUUGCAGUCGACGAACAAAUUAGCGGUAAUACUCAGUGCCAUGAAAUAACAGUACAAAWGGAGAUGCGAGAUUUAUGGAAAGAACUUGUUCGAGAGGGAAUGAUAAGUCAGGAAGAAUUCAAGAAAACAAACCUUUGCUUUUACUUUCGGUCGGUGGAAGAAUUCAAGAAACCUUUUAACGACCCAGAUUCUCCUGUGACACCAAAUGGUUUGGAUUGGUUUCUGUUGAUACACAUCUUAUGCCAUGCCCAUACAAAGAGAGGUGGAUGAGAGAGAAGGGAGACCCCAAAGAACAUGCCAAACGCUAUGUAAUGUCUAUACAAA